GCCCACGGCAGCCGGUGCUCGGGAGGGGCCGGUCCCUGCUGGCAAAACCGGGGGCUGCGGGGUCCUGCUCCCGGCGAAGCCGUCACAUCGCCACCGCCGUUGUGUCCCCGCUGGGCAGAGCCGGCCGAGGACUCGGAGGAUGACGAUGAUGAGGAAGAGGAGGUGGAGGAUAAAGAUCCGCCGAAAAAGCUCAAGAAGAAGCUGCCCAAAGAGCCCCCCUCGGGCGAAGGCCGGGAGAAGAAGCUGAAGCCAAAGGGAGACAAGAGCGACCCCGAUGGCAAAGCCAAAGCCACCAAGAGCACCAAGAAGGAGCCGACGGCCAUGUUCCAGGUGAACGGGGAGAAGAAGGAGAAGAAAAGCAAGAAGAAAGCCGCCACCGGCAGCGAUGAGGAGGACGACUCCGACUCCAGCACCAAACCCAUCAGGUCGGAGAAGAAGAAGAACCCCGUGUCCCUCUUCCAGACCGGCGGGGACCCCCCCAAGGAGAAGAAAACCAGAAAGAAGGCUCCUCCCAAAGCAGCCGAAAGCGAGGAGGAAACCCUGGAGACACCGCAGAAAAAUUCCAACAAGAAGGGCAAAGGGAAGAAAUCCAAGAAGAAGGAGGAGAGGCCCCCGUCACCCGUCAUCGAGGUGGAUAACCUGGAGGAGUUCGUGCUGCGCCCGGCUCCGCAGGGGGUGACCAUCAAGUGCCGGGUGACGCGGGACAAGAAGGGCAUGGACCGGGGGCUGUACCCCACCUAUUACCUGCACUUGGAUAACGACAAAAAGGUCUUCCUCCUCGCCGGGAGGAAGCGCAAGAAGAGCAAAACCUCCAACUACCUCAUCUCCAUCGACCCCACGGACCUGUCGCGGGGCGGCGAGAACUUCAUCGGGAAGCUGAGGUCCAACCUGAUGGGAACGAAGUUCACCGUGUUCGACAACGGGGCCAACCCGGACAGGGCCAACGCCGACUGGUCCAACGUGCGGCAGGAGCUCUCGGCUGUGGUUUACGAGACGAACGUCCUGGGGUUCAAAGGGCCCCGCAAGAUGACGGUCAUCAUCCCUGGGAUGAACUCGGAUAACGAGAGGGUGCCCAUCCGGCCCCGAAAUGACAACGACGGCCUCCUCAUGAGAUGGCAGAACAAGAACAUGGACAACGUGAUCGAGCUGCACAACAAGGCGCCGGUGUGGAACGACGAGACCCAGUCCUACGUCCUCAACUUCCACGGCCGCGUCACCCACGCCUCCGUUAAGAACUUCCAGAUCGUGCACGGCAGCGACCCCGACUACAUCGUGAUGCAGUUCGGGCGCGUGGCCGACGACGCCUUCACCAUGGACUACAACUACCCGCUGUGCGCCCUGCAGGCCUUCGCCAUCGCCCUCUCCAGCUUCGACGGGAAGCUGGCCUGCGAGUAGCCCCCGGGCUCCCCCCCCGUCCCCCUCCCCUCCCUCGCUCCCCGUUUUCGGCACCCCUCACCCCAUUUGGCUGCCCCCUUCCCCGGCUCGCCCGGGGCCGGCUGCGGAUCCCGGGCAGGAGGCAGAGUCAGGCCCGGGGUAUAUUUAGCAGAUGAGGCUGCCUGUGAUCCCGA